AUGAGUUGUCUCCGUGCUUGCUUCAGAGACAGAGAUCCUCACGCAGAGACAGAAGCUAUGAACAGGCAAAGCUCUGGUCAAGAGCAGGAGGUUAUUGAAUUACAAGAAGAUAAUGUGGAAGAAAAUGGGAUUGAUCAUGACAAACCUCUGAAUGCUCAAACACGAAAGGAGAGAAAUCCCUGGAAAUCAUGUGGGAAUGUAGUUUUCUGGAAGUGUAAACUAUGGAUGGUUAUAACUACAAUUUUUCUAGUAUUCUUCCUGGUCAUUCUCAUCAGCCUAAUUCUUUAUUCCAAUGUUUACACAGAUGAGGAUGACUAUUGGGAUCCUGAUACACUACGAAAUAGUGGAAAUUGUUGCAAUUUUUCAGGAACAUUGGAGUUAAUGUGUGGUCUCCCACACCUUUUCUCUGAAGACAUUACUAAGAGGUUAACAGAUGUCUACAGUUCAUCUCCAGCUCUAGGACGCUACUUUAGGUCAGCUCAGGUGGUUUAUUUCAGUAAUGAAAGCUCCACUGUAUUUUAUCAGCUAGAGUUUUCUGUACCACCAUCAACAGAGGGGUUUAUGGAAAACACAAUGAACCCAGAUUUUAUAAGGAAUGUUUUACGUCAAAAUAUUUAUGAUGAAGAUGAUACUUUUAAUCCUGGGACACCUGAAUGUGACAGGUUAAAGCUUGAUCCGACUUCUCUCACAUUAACAUCAGUGUUGAACUCCUAUAACACCACUACCUCCUUCUUUGUUGUCGUCCUGAUAUCACAAUAA